AGUUCCAAGAGGAGUGCAGUAUUGCUGUAUUUGUAACUCAUAUCGGGGGAAAAUAGUCGAAGGAAGAACUGUUUCCUUACACAAGUUUCCUCAUUACCCUGAACUAAAACAAGAAUGGAUGAAUCGAGUACGUACUGUGAUGACAGCUGGCAUUAAGGAAAAGCCUACGGCAAAGGUUACUGCUCACAGCAAAUUGUGCAGUGAGCAUUUUUUGGGAAAACGUGGACCAAAACGCCCCCACAUCUCAUUGCCAUCACUGUUUCCAAAUAUGGAAUUUGAGAUUACAUCUGUAAGUUGUUGUUUUUCCCAUGAUGUAUUGUAAUGAUGACUAAUAAUUAAAUAAAUGAUAUUUCGAAAUUAAAGAGUUUCAGACAAUGACCGAUCAUUAAUUGAUCAAAUUUUCAAUAAAUGGUGGUUUGGCGUGCCAUUUAUUUCCCAUGCCACUGCUGAAAUCUUGUUUGCCAUAACCUCAAGUGUUCUUUCAUGGCAACCAAGCUGACAGCCAUUUAAAAAAAAAAAAAUGAGUGCAAACACAGGCCUGCUUUGAUGGGAAGGGAAAAAGUGAGAGAAUGUUUGGCUAUUUUUACCGAAAGAAAUGAAAUUAGGCUGAAAAAAAACGUUAAAAUUUAAUUUAAAAAUUCUGCCAGUUCAUUAAUUUCGUGGCGAACGAAGCUACCGGUACUUUAUUAUAUCCCCCUACUGUAAAUAUGUAGCAUUAAGUCUCGGCGACCUGCGCCCCCCCCCCUUUUUCUUGGCAUAAUUUAAGCGGGUACAUUAAUUAUUUAAUUUCAUGUCGAGCGAAGCAACAUUCUUGCAUUUCUUUAGAUAUUUAGCAAGAAGUCUCAACAACCAUCAGUCGCUCCCUUCCCUCAAUUAAAAUAUGUGAUUGUGGCUACAGUUACACACUGUUGUAAUUCAAAGUGCAAAAAUAAAGAAAAACAAUAUAAAAUAUUUUUUAAAUAAUAAAAAACCAAAUUACAGUUGCAUCGAAUACACUUUGACAUAGUUGAUUGCAGGUUCCAGCAAACAUAGAAUCCAAAAGUUGCCAAUAAAUUAAUUGAUAGUCAAUAAAGUUCCCGUUAUCCAAAAUGCUGGAGGAUUUAAACAGUAUAAUAAACCACCCAAUGAAAAUAUAAUUUAAAACUUAAAAAGAAAAGUUGACUCCAGUAACAAUCCAAGAAUAAAGAAAAGGGAGAGAAUCCUAGUAGUCUUACACUGAAACUUAUUGUGGUGCACUGAACCAACAUUAGCAGAAUUUUCAUAUGAUUACUAAUUUAGACCUGUUUACCCCCAAACUUUUAAAAUCGUACAAUAUCAUCAAAAAAUCGUUCAAUGUUUUAUAUUAAUAGUUAAAAAUAAACAUACAGUAUAUAUAGGCCUAAUACUAAUGUAUAAUAAUGUAUACUCCUCAAAAUUGUACAUUGUACGCCAAAAUUGUAAGAGUAAACAGGUCUGCUAAUUAAAAUUUUAAUUUAUUUUAGUCUUCAGUGUGAUUUAAGUUUUAAAUCUACGUUUACAACUUCACUUUUAAAAUGAUGAUGAAAUUCAUUAUUAGACUAUUGCUCUUGUAAAGUAUUGUUACUUGAGUAGAGACUAUGGGUGUCUAUAUAAUUUAGGGGAGGGGGGAGAAGCAGUUGCUGCCGAUUUGAGUUGGGGAAGGAGAUAAAAUUUUCCACGCCUGCCUUUGCGCCUGAAAUUUCUCUAGGUAGUAAAAUUAAUAUUGGAUAGAAAACUAUUUGAUUAUUAAAUUUUAUAAAUUAUAUUUUUUAAUGAGGAAAAAAGGGGUGGGUUUUUUUUUGUUAAGCGAAAAAAGAACAGGUUACAGGAACUGCUCAUUCCUGCCAAAGACAAUCAGGGACUGCAACAAGCUUUCCAAAGGAACUGUUGAGGCGACAAUACUUGACACAUUUGCAUCUAUUGCCUCAGGCCUUCCAACCCCCCGCUCCUGAUACCCUCGCUGAGUAGCCAUUGCAACCAGUGAAAUAUCCUCUUCAAUACCAGGGAAAGAAAUAUUGCGAAUCCCCUUUACAUAGAUAGGAGCCAUAAUUAUCAAUACAUGGUCUUAAUGGACCCUUAAUAUAAAAAUAAGAAGUCUAUAUUAUUGUUAUACCCAACAAUUUUUUAAUGAAUGAAAACAAAAAUUAAAACUAUAAGCCUAAUAAAAAAGUAGUUUUUUUUAAAAUAAUCAGAGAAUUUGGUAUUAUUUGCUGAAAAUGUGAAAUAGUAUGGAUCUAUCAAUUUUUAUUAAUUAUUAAAAUGUCAACAAUAUUUUUUUUUAAAUUUUGAUUGUAAAUUUUUGUGUUACUAUUAUUCCUAUGAACUCCUGGAAUCAAACACCAUUGUUGUUACUGGCACCCACACUACAAAAUUUACAAGUUCAAGGUAAAUGUAAUUUUUUAAAAGUUGAACAUAUAUUAUUAUUAAAUUUAACUAAAAUGGGCAAAGUAAAACAUAUAAAUAUGCAUAGAAUUUUUUUUAAGUCAUUAAUAAUUGUAACAUAAAGAUUAGACUAAAAUAAAAUUGUACUGGUCAUUGGAAAAAUGUGUAUAUGUACUUGUUGGCUUUGUUAGUAUCUUUGGUAGGUCGUUUCACAGGUCUUUGCAAAUCCACCAUCUACUUUAGGGUCUAACCAUGAUUAGCUCCAACUGUCGAGUGACAGUUGUGUGUUUGUCCUAUGAUACUUUGUCAUCAAUGCGAAGACUUCAGAAUGAAACUUGUAAAUCACUACUUGUAAAAAUUAUGAGCAGCGGUUGAAAGUUACCAGACUUCAGAUUUUUUAUUACAAUUUUAUUUAUUUAUUUAACAUCUGCUUUGUUGGAUCUUUCACUAUCUGGUGGAUAGAUGGGGGUGGAGGGGAGAUAUGCUCUAUGCAUCAAAUAGAGAUGGUUAGAUUUAUUAUGAAUUUUUUCUAUUUAACACCCCCCCCCCCCUUUUCCAACAUAAGAUAAUGUAUGUGUAUGAUCAAACACCUCAGGUUCCAAUGAAAUCCUCAAAAAAACUUAGCAUUGAUAAAACAGCUGUCAUCAUCUUAGACAAGGUCAGUUCUAUUUAUUGAUUCAUAUCUUAUCCCUUUAAAAGAUUGGUACACGUAUAUAAUAUUUAUGAGGAAAAUGUCUCAGUACUUUUAUUGCAGACUUCAGUUUAGACCUAAAUUAUCAGUAUCCCUGAAGUUUAAGACAUAAAAUACACACCCCUAGAGUCUAUGACACAAAAUACACACCCUUGGAGUAGAGACCGACCGAAAGUGAUUUUCUAAUUUCGACCGAAACUGAAAAAAGUCCGAAAGUUAAAAAUGACUUUCGGCCGAAAGUUAAAAAUGACUUUCGGCCGAAAAUGAAAUUUAGAUAUUUUGAAACUCUUUCCCACAUUACAUUCUGCAUACAUCAAAAAUGAUGGGAGAAAGUAUAAAUAUUUACAUUCUUUUUAUAUAAAAUGAGAUAAUCGUGAAUAUUAAUAAAUAAACAUCUAAUAUAACAUCUUUUUGUUAAAGAUCGCUUAGUUUGUUCUUAAAGAUCGCUUAGUUUUUGUUUAAAGAUAUUUUAGUUUUGUUAUUAAAGAUCAUUUAGUUUGUUCAAAAAAUAUCGGUAAGUUUUUUCUUAAAGAUCCCUUAGUUUGUGUUAUUAAAAGAUCGUUAGUUUGUUCAUACAGAUCGCUAAGUUUUUUCUUAAAGAUUAUUGAUUUUGUUCUUAAACAUCGCUUAGUUUUUCUUAAAGAUCAUUCAGUUUGUUCUUAAAGAUCAUUUAGUUUGUCUGUAUAGAUCGUUUAGUUUGUUAUUAAAAAUCGUUAAGUUUGUUCUUAAAGAUCGCUUAUUUUGUUGUUGAAGAUCUCUUAGUUUUUUCAUCAAGAUUGCUUAGUUUGUUCUUAUAGAUGAUUGAUUUUGUUCCUUACGAUUGAUUAGUUUGUUCUUAAAGAUCUUUUAGUUUGUUCCUAAAGAACAUUUAGUUUUCUGUUAAAUAUAUCUUAGUUUAUUCUUGUAAAUCAUUUAGUUUACUAUUAAAGAUCAUUUGUUUUGUUCUUAAAGAUCAUUUAGUUCGUUCUUAAGAAUCGCUUAGUCGAUCUUUAAGAUUGUUUAGUUUUUUAUUAAAGAUCGAUUAGAUUGUUCUUAAAGAUCGCUUUGUUUGUUUUAAAGAUCAUUUAGUUUGUUCUUAGAUGUCGCUUAGUUUGUUGUUGUAUAUCGUUUAGUUUGUUCUUUAAGAUCGCUUAAUUUGUUCUUAAAUAUCGCUUUAUUUGUUUUUAAAGAUCACUUUAUUUGUUUUUAAAGAUCGUUUAGUUUGUUCUUUAAGAUCGCUUCAUUUGUUCUUAAAGAUUGUUUAGCUUGUUCUUAAAUUUCCCUUAGUUUUUUGUUAAAUGUCGCUUUUGCUGAGAAUUAGAUGACAGAAAACCUCAGUCACUUUCGGCCAGAUGGCCGAAAGUCUAAGUCAAUUACGGCCGAAACCGAAAAAACCCAAAAGUUAACUUUUCUCUUUCGGCCGAAACCGAAAAAAAAAAAAGGUUAACUUUUCUCUUUCGGCCGAAACCCAAAUUAAGCCGAAAGUUAACUUUUCUCUUUCGGCCGAAACCCAAAUUAAGCCAAAAGGUAACUUUCAGUUUCGGCCGAAACCAAAACUUGGCCGAAAGUGAUAAAAUGGCCACUUUCGGCGCCGAAACCGAAAUUCGGUCAGUCUCUACCUUAGAGUCUACAACACAAAAUACACACCGUUAGAGUUGGCCACACAAAAUACACACUCUUAGAGUCUAAAGCACAAAAUACACACCCUUAGAGUUUGCCACACAAAAUACACACUCUUAGAUUCUACAACAGCGGUUCCCAACUUGUGGGUUGCGACUCCUUUGGGAGUUGAACGACCCGUACACAGGGGUCCCCUAAGACCAUAGGAGAACAUAUUUAUGAAGAAGCAACAAAAAUAAUUUAUGGUUGGGAGUUACCACAUGAGGAACUGUAUGAAGGGUCCGGGCUUUAGGAAGGUUGAGAACCACUGGUCUACAAAAAAUGCUUUUAGUGCAUCCUCUGAUACACCAGCUAUCUAUCUUUGUUUAAGUAACAAUUUAUAUCUGCUACUAGUCAAGUCUCUCUCUCUCUUUCUCUCUCUCUCUCAAUUACUUAACUUUAAUGGAGAUUAAAUUAUCUUAUGAGGCACAGAACAAUGCAUUAUAGAACAAUUCAUUACAGAACAAUGCGGUACAGAACAAUUUAGUACAGAAAAAUGCGGUACAGAACAUUGGGUCAAAGUAUGAUGCCCAGAUUAUUUAUUUAUGUCUGCUUUAUUGGAAAACCUAGUUUCAAAGUCUACAUACAUUACACCGUACGUCAUCUUAUGAUGUUAUAUUAUUUAUUUUGCUGUGCUACAUCUACAUACAUUAUACUCUACAUCAUUUAUAUGAUGUUAGAUUUACAUUUAUUAUUAUUAUGCUACAUCUCUCCUGUUUUAUAAGUUCCAGUCAGAUUCUGAAAAGUUGUUCAUUUCAAUUCAAAGGACUGGAUGUAAAAUAAUGCUUAACCUAAAAGGAACACGUGAAAGGAUUUUAUUUUUAGUGAACUUUACAAUGGUAGGAGUACUGAUAUUUUUUAAUAAUAUUUUUUUCACAGAAUGUUGAAGACACACCAGAUAUUAUCUGGAUCUGGAAGCAUGGUCAUUUCUUUGAUAAUGCGAUAAAAACGAGACUAGGAACAUCUGUCAUGUUUCAUGAUUAUUGCGGUAGAAUAAAUCCUCAUACCAUUCAUCAGAACAAAUUAAAAUGUGGUACACAAACAUGCUCAAUUAAAGAAUGUGCAGUGCAUGUACAGACACCAGAUGACCAAAGCAGCUCUAUAGAACUAAAAUUACAAGAUGACCCAAGCAGUUUAGAAAUAAUGCGCAAUAUAAAACGGGAAAUAGAAAAUGACCAAAGUGAUUCUUGGAUGAUGUCUACUAUAAAACUUGAAACAUUGGAUGACCAAAGUGAUUCUGGGAUGAUGUCUACUAUAAAACUUGAAACAUUGGAUGACCAAAGUGAUUCUGGGAUGAUGUCUACUAUGAAACUUGAAAC